AGUCCUCCCUGCUCUUUCUACUCGAUAAACGCGGAGGGCUGAGCAGCUCGGGCGGCUGCCCUUGCUCACUCGAAGCUGGGAGCUCUUCCCCGAGCCCAGCGCUGCCUUAAAACAGUGUUUCCCCCAUUUCUACCUUCCUCCCUUCGCUCAGUCCUGUAAUGAGCCUCAAGCAGUAACUGCGGUAGUGACGGUCUCAAGUAGUCAUUGUACGAGGUUGCUACAGCACCUAGAACAGGAAAAUCCAUAGAAACAGGAUAGACGUUACCAGAGAUGAGGAAAAGGAGAAAUAGUUAAUCUUUAAUGGGUACAGAAGAUUCGUUUGGGAUGAGGAGAAAGUUCUGGAGACGAUGGAUGGUGGUGAUGGUUGUGAACCUAAAGGAAAAAACUGAGGCAAAAUUAACCAAGCAUAUUUGGACCAAGACUGGGAAAUGCAAUCUGAGAAGACAGAUUCUAGUAGCCUUAAAUAAAUGCUCCAACUAAUAGCGGUUAUAAUGGGGCUUCUAAGGGAAAAGAGAAGUUCUAAGCUCACAAACUAUUGAUCAGCUAGACAUUGUUCUGUAGCUAUUGAUCAGCUAUACACUAUUCUCUGUAGGGAACAUGAAGAUAAUUGGUAAAGGUCAUAUUGUACAACUUGUAAGAUUUUAGGUAACUUACCAGCUAGUCUGGAAACUACACGGGGGGAGGGAAAGUAUAAAAUUCCUUUAAACAACCCCAGGCGCACGUGUGUGAGCAGGGCUGGUUAGGGAAGUUACUGAAUUCUCAUACUCAUGUCUCUGAGCCUAAAACAUUUUGUAAAACUCACAUUCUUCAGACUGCUCUGAAUCAUUUUUCUCAGUUUCAAAUAUUUUCUAAGGUCAACUUUUGUGGAAGCUAAGGCGCGCAGGUCAUAUAUGAAAGUAAUUUAACAGUGGCUUUCUCAGAUUGCACCUCAAUCCUAAACAAAAGGGGAAGACCCAAAGAAUUUUCUAAACUACCAAAAAUUUUAAAAAUUCCAACCAUACUAGGAUUGAAUCAUCUUCUUGCUUAUAGAAAAUAUUAUCUUACAGUACAUAGUAAUGUAGCCAGUUGUUGGAAAAAAUAGUAAAAGUGGGCAGAGUCUGACAGAAGAACGACAACAUCAAAAACGGAAAAGUAGAAAACUUGGCUUACCUGCUGCUGGAUCUGCUAUUGAAGAGAAAAACAUGGACAGCAAAGGAUGACUUCUCAGAACUCAGCUUUUUAUUCAACACAGGCUCAUUCUCAAAUACUCCACCUGAUACAUAUAUUAAUCACUUAGUAUUUGAAGCUGAAGUGUCCUGAAGUUGCAGGAAAAUGGAGGAAACCAACAACAGCUCUGAAAAGGGAUUUCUUCUCCUGGGAUUUUCAGAUCAGCCUCAGCUAGAGAGGUUUCUUUUUGCCAUCAUUUUGUACUUCUACAUCUUGAGCCUUCUGGGGAACACUGCCAUCAUACUAGUAUGUUGUCUGGACUCCAGACUCCACACUCCAAUGUACUUCUUCCUCAGCAACCUCUCGUGUGUGGACAUCUGCUUUACCACCAGUGUUGCCCCACAGUUGCUGGUUACCAUGAAUAAGAAAGACAAAACCAUGAGCUACGGUGGCUGUGUGGCCCAGCUCUACGUGGCCAUGGGGUUGGGCUCAUCUGAGUGUAUUCUCUUGGCCGUCAUGGCUUAUGACCGCUAUGCUGCUGUCUGCCGGCCACUGCACUACAUAGCCAUUAUGCACCCCAGGCUCUGUGCGUCUCUGGCCAGUGGAGCAUGGCUCAGCGGCCUCAUCACCUCCCUAACUCAGUGCUCCCUCACUGUGCAGCUGCCCCUCUGUGGUCAUCGCAUACUGGAUCAUAUUUUCUGUGAGGUGCCAGUGCUCAUCAAACUGGCCUGUGUGGAUACGACUUUCAACGAGGCAGAACUCUUUGUGGCCAGUGUAGUCUUUCUAAUUGUCCCGGUGUUACUCAUCUUAGUCUCCUAUGGCUUUAUCACCCAAGCUGUGUUAAGGAUAAAAUCAGCUGUGGGCCGCCAAAAGGCCUUUGGGACCUGUUCCUCUCACCUGGUUGUGGUCAUCAUUUUCUAUGGGACCAUCAUAUUCAUGUACCUUCAACCGGCCAAUAGUAGAUCCAAAAACCAGGGAAAGUUUGUUUCUCUUUUCUAUACCAUAGUCACCCCACUUUUAAACCCCAUUAUCUACACUCUGAGAAACAAAGAUGUGAAAGGGGCCUUGAGGACCCUGAUAUUGGGAAAUGCUGUUGGACAAAGCCACAGGGACUAGGAAACACUGGAAUUCUAAAGAAGUGAAGCACGCCAAGGCAGCGUGAGGGUUCAUCCUCUCCAGACACUCCUCUUGUCAAUCCCAAGACCGUAUGUUCUAUCUGGAAAAAAAUGUUUGUCCUUCGUCCACCUGCCAUCAAAGUUCAUGUAUCCAUUAUUUCCUUCUAAUGUGCUGGCCCAUCUGAUAAACUUCUACUAAUGCUUCAAAGCUUAGCUGAAAUGUCUCCUGCACUCACUAGCUGUCCUGAAACACCAUCCUUCUCAUCCUUGUGCAGAAUUAACUGUUUCAUAAUAUAUGUUUCCAUAGCACUUGAUCCACACUACCAUUUCUACAUUUCACAUUUAUUUGAGAAAUAUGUAUACAUAUAUCUCUAACUAGGCAAAGCAAGAUAUAUAACAGACUGAAAAAAUACAUGACCAUUUGCCCAGAACACGUCACUUUUAACCAGAGAGUGGAACCAUCCCACUCUAUUGGCUUAUUUACAACACGAGAAACACAAAUAUUAUUCAGAGUUGUGAUGCUUUGGUUCCACAGAAUUGUGGGAUGCAAAUAAUGACUAAUAUUUUAUUAAAGGAAUCAAAUAAGCAAACUUGCAUUAAGGAGAUUGAUUCAUAUAUUGUUAAUUCCCUUUUUUAUUGAAGUGUUUAAAAGUUGAGUAACAGUGCCAUAUACUAAAAUGUGUGUUAACAUAUUUAUAGAAAAUUCAUAAAAUAAGUUAUUGUUUUUGGCCUUAAACACUGGCAAAAAGUUACUUACGUAAUUUUAUACUUUAAAAAUUUGAAAUAUGAAUCCCACACACCGUCUCAUGUUAAUGAUCAUAGUUAUAUGUUUGGUUUCCAAAACAGCAAAAAAAUGAAAUAUUUAAAAGCAUUUUAAUAAAUGUAUUCUUAUAUUUGACCAAACUUUUACUUUCUGAUUUAAUUCUGUCUCUAUCUCUCUGUGUAUCUUUGUCUGUCUCAGCCUCUUUCUCGCUUUCUUUUCCCAAAAUGAUUGAACUUCAUCAAUUUGUCAACCUCAAGUAUUUUAAGAGAACUGUGCAAUUAUAGAAAAAAGUGAUUUAAUCUGUGGUUGUAAUUUUACUUCAUAUUCUCAUUAUGAUACACAUGAAAAAAGCAUGAAAACAUCAAUGCAAAUGAAGAGUAAAAUGCAGGCAGAAUCUGGGGUGGAAGUGGAAUUUUCAAGUGAUUUAGACUUUUCUUUUUUGGGCAGGGUCUUGCUCUGUUGCCCAGGCUGGAGUGCAGUGGCUCAAUCAUGGCUCACUGCAGCCUCGACCUCCUGGGCUAAAGUGAUCCCUCUGCCUCAGCCUUCCAACAUUCAGAUUUAUAAUAAUUCAUCCUGGUGUGAGAAUACUGUAGCCUGUCUACAAAUGUUAAGGAUAAUGUUUGGACCUGCUUCUCCUACCAAAGCCUGGACUGAAGGCAAAAUGGCUGCACACACAAGAACAAAAAGGCAUCAGGAGAAUUCACUAAUGACUCAGGCUACCUCUUCACAAAUACCCUGUCCAACUGGCACCUCUUCAAUAUACUUUUAGCACACAAAAUGAUGAAGAUCCAAUUUAACAAAAAUGAGGGAAAUAUUGUCUUCUAGGAUAUUCUUAUGUGAUUUUUCUCCUUCAGUAAUGGAAAGGAGAGUUGGGAACUGAGCAGAACAUGCUGAGGAGCACAUGCUUUUAUUUACAAUACGCAAGUAGAGAAGAAGUUCUACAGGAAGCCUCACAUGUACAAAUGCAUUAUUCCUGAUAACCCGAGCAACACAGCAUAGGGAAGGAUGUACCUGUGUCAGAGUCUGAAUCAAUUUACAUGGAAAAUGGCCCCAGGGCAAAAGAUGUGGAAUUUAAAGGAAAGAAAUAGCUCCAAGUGAAAAGACAAACAGGUGUAAAGCAAUGAUAUGAACACAAUAUGUAGAAAAAACUACAUAUGAAUUGUGAAGCAACCAUUUUCAAAGACAAACUUACAUCCAUUUAAGGUAAUAUGGAAUACAAAUCCCGCUGAAAAUAAAAUCAAAUUAUUACUGUACGCAAUAAAUUCAAACAUAAUUCAGAAUAAAAAUAGAGAAUAAUAUAGCUAAAGAUGCUAAUUUCAGCAAUAAGCAGAUAAUACUUAUUUGCACCCAAAAGGAAACCAGAAAAUAGAUGAUAUGACAUGCAAAGCAACCUAAACUACUUAACUGCAGAUGAAAAUGGGAACACAUUUGAAAAUAAAAUCCUGUUACUACUUUCUUGAAUUUAGAGCUUUCCUGAGAUAUGGAUAUGUUUAUACUGCUUUUAUAAUCAUCAUACAUGUAUAAUUUCAUACUAUAUUUAUAAUGUGAGUUUUUCUGAUUAUAAAAAUAUCCACCAUUUAUUAAAAAUC